AUGAUUCCCUCUAAAAUAAUCAAAAGAUAAGAAUCACUUGUCUCUAAUCCUACUCAAGAUUCUCCUUAAAUGAAAAAGGUACAAAGUAAUCUUAUGAUGGUAUCUAAAGCAAGUAGUAUACCCAAAUAGUUUUAGAAGAAUGAAAAAUUAAAAACAAAUGGAAAUAAAAUUGAAUCUAUUAAACAUUCUAAAAAUAAUUCUAUGAAUCAUCUAUCUACUGUUGAGAAUACUAAAAUAAUAGACUCUAUUUAAAAUAUUUCAUCCAUUUACAUUACUAAUAAAACAGAUGAAAUCUAAUUAAGAAAUGAAAUACAACUAAAAGCUUAAAUCAUUGUGGAUCUAAAUAAAAAUAUAUCUUAAUUAUAAACAUAGAAUAUUAACCAAUAGAUGAUGAUUUCAUAAUUAGAAAAAGACGUUUCAUAAUUAAAUUAAACUAUAGAAAAAAUGUGUGAAUAACUUUCCAGUUCUAAUAAUGAUUCAAGUAUUGAUAUACAAAAUUUAAAAGAUUAAAUUCUUAAAAAAGAUAAAUUAAUUUCAUAUUAUAAGACUGAAAAUCAUUAAUUAUUGUGCAUUAUUAAACAAGGAUCCUAUUCUAAAAAAAAAGAAGAUAAAGAGAAUUAACCAAAUAAAACAUAAGUCAAUCAAUAAGACUAAAUAAACUACUUAAAAGAUUAAAUAGAUUUAUAAAGAAAAUAGUUUUAAUAAACAGAAGAAUCUUUAUAAAAGCAAAUCUCAGGUUUAAAUUAAUUUGUGAAUGAACUGUUUCAAUAACAAUCUUCUGAUAGAUUAAACACUAAUGUAAGUAGUAGAAUUGAUAAAGAUAAUAGAAAUAGAAAACUAUCAUUAUAAAAUGAUAUGGAUUCAUUUCAAUCUCAAUUAAAACAACUUGAUCAAUAAAAAUAAAAAUUAGAUAAUAAAUUUGAAAAUGUCUAAUGUAAUCUUAAUUAAUUAACAGAAAAAUAAUUAAACUCUGUUCUAACUGAUAAUCUAAAUGCUUAAAACAUGAAGGAAAUAACUAAAUUAAAAUAAAUUGUUUAAAUUUAAAAAAAAUAAAUUGAAUUAUAACAAAAAACAAUUUUAAAUUAACAUUUUGAAAUACAAAAUCUAUAAACAUUACUCUAUAAAAAUGAUUAAGAUAGCAUUCCUAAAAAAAAUGAUAACAAAAUACAUCAUUAAGAAAUUAUUACUAAAGAUUUUACAAAUUCUCCUAAAGAUGAAAUGUAAAAUAUCUGCUAAAUAUUUUAGUUAUCAUUUAAAUGACAGUCAUAGUGAAAUAAAGCCUAUAUAUUAUAUGGAUAAUAUAUAAAAUACAUUUCAAAAGUUUUAGGUAAUAACUGAAGAAAGUACUUUUAGAAGUUGA